AUGAUUGAUGUUAACCUGUUAUUCGAUAAUAUCAUAUAUGUUUUGUUAUCAGUAUGCAAUGUUUUGCUUCUAAUUACUGUAUGCGCCAAAAAGGAGAAAGAGAAGGUAAAACUAUCUCGGAGAGUAGGAAAUUUUCAGAAAAUUAAUUUGUUUCAGGGAGUGAAUCUGCAUGCUUCUGCAGAUAGUGGAACACCGGAAAAAGCGGCAAACGACUAUUCACCGCAAAAAUUGGAUACUGAGAAAAAGACAUCAUCUGCAUCGAAGGAGAAUGUUACAAUGACAUCGGUGGAAACACAAAAGAAAGGAUCAUCUGAAUCGAAAGAAUCGAAUCGAUCAAAGGAUGUUAUUGUCAAUAUUAACAACAAUAAUAGAAAAUCGAAAGAAGGUGAGAAAAAAGAGAAAGAUGAGCCAAAAGUUGUUACAAAAUCGAAAGGAAAAUCGAAGAAGGAUAAAUCGAAUCGAGGAGAUAAGAAGAAGUUCCAAAUAAUGAGAACUGAAGAUACCAAACAAACUGAGGAUAAAAUUGAUGCGAGAAGAGAAUGGGCGUUGAAAGUUCUUCAGACGGUAAUUUCUUAUUUUUCUUCGAGAAUCAAGAUAACUUAUCCUAAAUGAUAAUUUUCAGAAAUGUAGCACUUUGAGUAAAAUUCAUCGCGAGAAGAUCAAGGGAUACAAACCAUCAAAGGCGAAAUACACGGCAUUCGAGGCAAAUAUCGCUCUCAAUCGUUAUGCCGAUGUUUACUGUGUCGAAGAAACUCGAGUUGUGCUCAAAAAUCGAAAAAACGAUUAUAUUCACGCUUCUUGGGUUACAAUUCCCGACUCGGAUACGAAAUAUAUUUUGACACAAGGACCAUUGCCAGAAACAAUUGCUGAUUUUUGGGCAAUGUGUUAUCAAGAAAAAGUCAAAUAUAUUCUAAUGUUAUGUCCGUUGGUUGAAGGCGAUAUUGAAAAAUGUUCACAAUAUUUUCCAAGCAAAGAAGGUGAUAAAGAACAAUACGGUGAAAUGGAAGUGACAUUUUCGAAAAAAGAGCCAGAGCCUGUAAAAGAUGUUGGUUGUAGUGUAAUGACUGUUUUGGACACUGAAAAAGCUGAUUCGAAGCCAAUGGAUAUAAAUCAUGUAUUUGUUCCAUGGUGGCCAGAUCAACUUGCACCAGAAGAUCCAAAACCAAUGUUAGAAUUAUAUCGAUGGGUCAAAAAAGCGAAUACGGAUAAUUCUCCAAUCGUUGUUCAUUGUAGUGCAGGAGUUGGAAGAACUGCGACAUUUGUUGGCAUCGAUUAUGCAAAUAUUCGAAUUCAACAAGAACCCGAUAUUGAUAUGGUUGAUAUUGCACACGAAUUGAGAAAUAUGAGAUUUCAGGCUAUUCAAUCGCAUGUUCAAUAUUUAUUCCUUCAUGUUUGUCUUCUCGAAUAUUUUGCGCAAGAAGGUUUGAUUGAAAGAGAGAAUUUUGGACCGUUUUUGGAGGAAUACAGAAAGCAUGCGACAAAGAAAUUGCAGAAAAGAAAAGCGGAGGAUCCAAAAUAG